AUGGUGGACUAUAGGACAGGACUGCUGCUUCUAACUAUCUGCUGGACAGGUGUUGAUGGUCAGACUCUGACAGAAUCUGAACCAGCGGUUAAAAAACCUGGAGAAUCCCACAAACUGACCUGUACAACCUCUGGAUUCACAUUUAGUGACUAUGGUAUGCAUUGGGUUAGACAGGCACCUGGAAAAGGACUGGAGUGGAUUGCUUAUAUGUACACUGACAGUAGUGGCAAAUACUACUCUCAGUCAGUUGAAGGCCGGUUCACCAUCUCCAGAGACAACAGCAGACAGCAGCUGUAUCUGCAGAUGAACAGUCUGAAGACUGAAGAUUCUGCUGUUUAUUAUUGUGCUCGAGACUAUGCUUUUGACUACUGGGGUCGUGGGACUGAUGUCACAGUAACUUCAGGAACAACUGUAUCACCAACUCUGUUCCCUUUGGUUCAAUGUGCCUCUGAGAAUAACGAUAAAGUUACUCUUGGCUGCCUUGCACAGGACUUCUUCCCAAAGAGUCUUCAGUUCCAGUGGACUGGUGGCACGAACACACCGGCCUCUGUACAAUAUAUUUUAGGUCAGAACAGCCCAUAUAAAGGAGUCAGUGUGGUCCAAGUAUCGAGAUCUGAUGCGGAGACGUUUUCUUAUAAUUGUUCCAUCACUCAUCCUGGAGGCCCCAAGUCUGUGCAAGUGAAAUAUGAAUCCCCAUCUCCUCCAACGGUGACUUUGCUAUCGAUGCCAAGUGGAGACACUCAGGCCCUGGUGUGUACGAUUGAGGAGUUUUCUCCAGAAAAAUUGUCAGUCAAAUGGAAAAAGAAUGAAAACGAUGUAUCCGACUUCACUGAUUGGGUCCCCAAAAAAAUUGGAAAUGUAUAUUCAGCUGUCAGCGUCCUGAAGGUCAAGAACGCAGAUUGGGAAAAGGAAGCUGUUUACACCUGUGAGGUGGCUCACCAAGGAAAAACAUAUAAGCAGAAGGCUUCAAAAGCUCCUGUCACAAUGACACUGAACCCUCCAAAUCCCAAAAAGAUUUUCAACAACAACCAAACAGAGUUGGAGUGUAUCAUCACUGGACAAGACAAGACCAUUGUAUCUGAAACUACGAUCACUUGGCAGAUUAAUGGAGUAAAUGUGACCAGUUCCAUUACUGGACAGACAAAGUCUGCAGGCAGUCAGCACAGCAAAACCAGCACGCUGACUCGUGAUUUCAGUGAAUGGCAGAAAGUUAACAACGUGCGCUGUUCUGCUAACAGAGAUUACAUGACACCAGUUAUUCAAGAUCUGACUGUCCACAAAGGAGGUGUGAAUCCAACAGUGAUGGUCCACGUUCUCUCAGAGGAGGACAUCAAAGGAAACUCAGAUGUCAGUCUGGUGUGUCUGGUUUCCAGUCGUGAGCUGCAGGAUUAUUACAUUGCCUGGUCAGAAGAUGCAGGACAAAGAACUGGUAACUACAAAGACGGCAUCACCUCCCCACCUCAGAAGACCAACAAUGGCUAUUCUGUUACAAGUAUUUACACCAUCACUAAGGAAAAGUGGAACCAGAAGGGUUCUGUUUUCACCUGCAACGUCUGGCCUGCUGGCAGGAACGACUCCAUGAAAUCACGAGGAGUGUCUAAAGCUUUGGGUAACUCCAUUGAAUGUGACAAAUAGUAGAUUCACCUUUAAAUGUGAUAUUUUGUGCUAAUGUGUCGCUCUGUCUCUGAAUGUAUUUUGACAGUAAACAUGUCUGUUUAGUUUUGUUUGUCAUCCUGUUGUGUUUCAGUCUGUCUUUGUCAUAUUGUCAAACUGCUUGAGAAGUGUGCUGAUUGUUUCAAAUAAAUGUUGCAUAGAGA